GGAGAGAGAAAAAAAAAUAUUUUUGUCAAAUGUAAAUUAGAAUUUCAUUAACAAAAAAAAAUAAACAAUAAAAGAAUUUGUUAAUUAAUUUGUGAGUUAUUAUAUUUAUAAAUAUUAUAGUUGAAAAGUUAUAGGUACAUUUACAAUUAAAUAGAUUUAAAAAAAAAAAAGCAAUGGAUUCAUCAAUACCUUCAACAAAAUCAAGUAAUCGACAAAAACAUCUAAGAAGUAAACAUAAAAAAGAUUAUCAUUCAUCAAAAAAACAUGAAGGUAAAAUUGUUGAUAAAAAACGUCAAAAUUUAUUAAAUAAUGAUAAUGAAAAAAAGGAAGUUAUUGUUAAUAAAAAGAAUAAGGAUAAUAUUGACGAAAUAGCAGAUAGUAGUGGUGAUGAUACUGAUGAUUCAAUUCAAUCACCAUCAUGUUAUAAAAAUAGUAUGAAAGAAUUUUCAAAAAAAUCAUUGAAUCAGCCAGAAUCAAGAUUUGCUGAUAUUGUUGAUGAUCCAAAUGAUGAAAAUACAAGUAAAUCAUUUGAAACACUGCUGACAAUACCAAUAUCAACUGGUCAUUUUGUAUUUAAAUCUGAAAAAAACUGGACACUUGAUACAUCAAAAUACAGUCAUUAUUUUACAGCUGAUGUUAAAAAAUUAUCAACAAUUAUUAGCUGUUUACCAUUUAAUAAAUACAUAAAUAUUGAUGACAAAUAUUUUACGAAAGAUCAAUUAUCAAUAUUUCAAUCAACAGCUGAACACAAUAGAAAAGAUUACGAAGACGAAUUAACAAAUUCGAAUGAUUUAAAUGAAAAUUUACAAGUACCAGAUAUCGAGGAAGAUCUUGAUUUUUUGUUAUCACUAAAAGAGCCUGUUUUAAAAUUACCAAUAAAUAUUCCAACGCAUCAAUUAAAAUCAUCUGAAGAAUCAAGAUCAGCAAUUUCAUUACAAACUGGAAAAUCAAUUGAUCUUGAAAAAUGGUUAGAUUCAGUAUUGGCUGAUUGAUAAAUUAACAAAAAAAAAAAAUCCUGAUGAAAAUAUAUUUUAAUAAAUAAUAAUAAUCAGGUUUUUUUUUUUUUUUUUUCGUUUUUCAUAUAAUAUAUAUAUCAAGGUUUAAAAUAUAUAUUGCGAAGCAGCUGGCAACCUUCAGCUCUUUCCCAUCUGAGUUUGAUAUAUUUUUUUUGAUGAAAUUACUAUAAUUAAUUUUUUUUCCUAUAUAUAUUCGUUAAAUCUUAUUUCU